UGGUGUAAUGUUAGCGUGUACGAAAUUAUGUAAAGAAAGUGAAGCGUUCAGAAUGCAAGAAGUGUUCAUUUAUGUUAAAAAUUGUUUCUUUUCAGCACAUUUCAGAAGGAUAAGAUUCAUUUUUGAUUUAGAAAUGUCGGUUUUUAAAUCAUAUGUCUGUUUUAUGAUUAAAUUUUAAGAAUGUUUAAUAACUACUAGUACUAACUAGUGUUAAUUUGUUAGUGUUACUACUACUAGUAUUAGUCUAGUAACUCUACUUCAUAAAACGUUUUAAAAGUAAAAGUUAUAAUCACGCUAUAGUAUACAUUGUGUUGCUUAAUCUUACAUUUGGCUUAACAACUGUAACGUAACGUUUAUUGUCAUUUUUUAUAUAAAUGAAUUAUUCAGAUAACUACUUUUCCUAACUAAAAAAAACAUUUUAACAUAAAUAGGUUUAACUUUAUACAUUGCCGCAAUAAAUAAUUUCAAUUUUAAAAGCAAGGGUUAGCUUUACACUUUAAUAAUGAUAAAUUAAUUAGCUAUUGUUUCUGUAUUGGUAUCACUGCAUAAGUGGAUGUAUAUUAUUGUGAAGUUGCAAAGAUUAUAAUAGUAAUACAUAUAAGUUCUAUGUAUCAUAGAUUAUGGUGUGCAUUUAUUGUGAUUUUGGUAUUGGUACUCAGAUAAUAUGCUGAAGGAAGGUGAUUAUUCCUGAGUGUGACUGUGUAAGACUAAAGUGUGUGAAUUAAUUUGAAGAGUCAGAGUGGUGUGAAUUUAUUAUUAUCUGUAGGUUUUUAGAUAGAAAAUGGCAUCGAUUCAAGCUUGUAAAGAUACUGCUGAAGCUGUUGAACUAAACGAAUUAUUGGGUUUCUUCUUGAAGCCACUAGCAAAAUUAAAUAUAUGUGUUCAGCUGCCAUCUUUAAAAACCCCUGGAAAGUCAAUAUCUAAUUGGGAGGUUAUGGAAAAACUGAAGAAGAUGGUCAAACCAGAAGAAUUUAUUGUUCUAAAAGUUAGUAAAACCACUUUAGAGUUUAUCAGGUUUGAAGGUGAAGUUGAAAAUAAAAGUACUCUAAAGGUUGUUUUAGGAAGACUAGAUGGAAGCACUAUAAAACUUAGUGGUUUUGCUGAUGUAUUAAAAGUGCGGGCUGCAGAAGCUAAGUUGACUUUUCCAGCAAGACAUGAUUGGGACUCGUUUUUUCGAGAUGCAAAGAACAUGAACGAAAUGAAGCCAGGAGAACGUCCAGAUACAAUUCACUUUCAAGGCUUACCAUGCAAAUGGUUUGCUGAAAAUAAUUCUGACAGUGGAAAACCAAGCGACAAAAUAAUUCGACAGGUGUUUGAAGCAUUUGGAGAAAUUCGAUGUAUUGACAUUCCAAUGCUGGAUCCUUAUCGUCAAGACAUAGAUAAAUCUGUAGGGAAGAUCAGCACCUUCUCAUUUGGACAAGAUCUUACUUUUGAGGCAUAUGUACAAUAUAGGGAAUAUAUGGGAUUUGUGAAAGCAAUGGAUGCUUUGCGUGGAAUGAAACUUAUGUUUACAAAUGAAAACAAAUUCUAUGCAGCAGUUAUUAAGGUGGAAUUUGAUAAAACAAAACAUCUUAGUGACAGGCAAAUAAGAAAGAGAAGGCUCGAAAGAGAAAAACUUAUCACUUUGGAGAAAGAACGAGAAGAAAGAGUUCAAAAAGAGCGUAAAGAGGAGGAAAAAAGAAAAGAAGAAGAAAGACAGAAACUGAAAAAAGAAGAAGAAAUUAAAGAUCAUAAACUGAAAGAGAAGCUAUUGAAAAAGAAGGAACGGAGAUUGUUGAAAGAGCAGAAAAGAAAAGAAAAACUUCUUGAAAAGAAGGAGAAAGAAAAAGCCAAAGAAUAUGCUCUUCAACAGAGAAGGGAACUUGUACUGCAAAGAAAGGAACAAGCUGUCCAUCUUCUUAAAAAUCUCUUUGAAAGAAUAAAGCUCCUUAAGCAAAGAGAAGAAGUCAAAAGAAAAAUGGAAGAGAUUGAAAGAGAAAGAAUUUGUCAACUUGAAUUAGAAAAUAGGAGACGACUAGAAGAGGUAAAACAUCGGUUGGAAGAGGAAAAGCAGCAGCAGGAACGUCUUAAGAAACGUGAACAUCUUCUGAGAAACAAAUUAAUUAAAAAUUUGAAAAAGCAUGAAGAAAAAAAGACAGAAGAAAUGAGAGAAAAAUUAAGAAAAGAAAUUGCGGGUAAACGUGUGCUUAAAAGUGUAUUGGUAGCAGCCCCAACUUCAUCUAAAUCAUUAUCUUCAGAAGAUUUAUCAUCAUCAAUGACUGGAACUAAUUUUGAUAGCUUUCAUCAUAACUUCAGGUCAUCUUUCAAUUGUAAUAGAGGAUUUUACAGAGGAGCAAAAUCUUACCAUGGUCUUGGACCAUUUAAGAGAAGUAGCUGUUAUGGACUUAGAUGGACAUUGCCUUAUCCACAACCUUUUCCACACAUGAAACAACAACUUCAAAACAAGGGAACAUUAAAAAGUUAUUAUAAAAGCCAUUGUAAUAGGUGAUAGCAUUUUGUUUAUCUAGUUUAUGAAUGAAAAACCUAUUUUUCAUUUUCAUAAAAUGAAAUUUCAAUUGUACAUAUCUUUUACAUGCUACUAUUUACUAUAACAAUGACAGGAUAUUGGUACAAGAUAUUUUUAAAUAGAAAUUUGGUAGAAGUCAUGAUAUAAAGAAAAUAUUUCUGCAUUUCAAUAGCUAGAACAUUUAAUUCUGUAAAGGCAUAAAUGUCAUUGGGGUUUUUAAAUAUAUAAUUAUUUGAUUAAAAACAUAAGCUAUUGGGCUUUAAACAGUUAUAUAGAUUUUGUAAUUCAAAAACAAUGACAUGGUAAACUAGUGAGGUUAUAUAUAAUCUAUUGUAGGAAACUGAAAAAUGUUUUUAGAAUAAAUUUAAAAUUUUCUGAUCUUCACCAAAAAGCAGUUGAUGUUUUAUGUUAUUAUUGUACAUGAUUUUUACAUAAUUAAAUGUAAAUUAUAACUUUUUAUAAAGCAUUGAGAAUUUCAAUUUGUGUUUUUUUUACAUUUCAACAAUCAUAGUUUCUAUGUUUAAGUUGGUGGCUUUUUUGUUCAAAAGCUGUGAAUUAAAGGAUUUAAUAGGCUAUUAUAUGAGCAAAUUGAAUAACAUUUUGUACUAGGGGUAUGAUCACCAAAAAUUGAUCUUGAAAUUCAAUUGCAGAAAUGAUACUAAACAAAAGUUUAAUGAUAAGAAUUUACGAUUUUUUUAGAG